UCCAAAGCGAAGCUUGUCGGUGGGAAGCCGAAUAAUUUUAGAGCGUUGUUUCGCUAUAAUUAUUAUAAGGCGUAUUGUAAGGCAAUAAUAACAUUUGUCAACAUCUUUUAAUUAGUUUUAUUUUUAUAAUAAAAAAACCAAAACAUCAUGCGUAAAAGGAAGUCACUCAAGAAAGGAGAUGAUGAUUCCGAGGGAUCUGAACCUGGCGCUGAACCUGAAGAAUUCCAAGAUUCAGGUGAAGACUGGACGCCGGAUGCCGAUUCGAAUGAACAACCUGCUAGGGCGGGACGAAAGCGUGGAAGACCUCCAAUGAAUAGCACUAAAAAGAAGCGCAAAAAUUCAUCAUCAGAAGAAAGUGAAGGAGAAGGUGAAGAAGAUGAAGAGGGAGAAGAUGAGGAAGGAGAACUUGAUGAGGAAGAGGGGUCUGAUGACGAAAAGAAUGGCUCCGAUGGGAACAAAUCAGAUUCAAGUCAAUCAAAGGACAUACCAAAGCAUUUCCAUUCUGGAAACUUCGUUUUAUUAAAAUCUGAUGUAAAAUGGGAAGGAGAUAAAGUAAUUUCAAAACUAGAUGAGCUUAAUUUGUGGAAAAUUGAUGGAAAAGCUUUACUACAAAAAUUUAUUCCGAUGGAAUCAAAUGGAAAAAUCCUCCAUAAAUGCACAUGUGUGUAUUCAGGGUGGAAUGUUGACAACCGAGACAAUUACUAUCCUAUAACUGAGAUUUUGGACCGUAACCCACGCACAGACUCAAAGGAAAUAUGUGUAGCGUUAGAUCUAAAUGAUCUUGUAAAAGUAAGGGACAAGUAAAGAGUAUUACUCCAAUUAGUUAAGUCUAAAUGUAUGAAAUUAUUUUUUUUCUUUUGGCACUUCAUUCCAGAUUACUUUGUGUAAUUCAUUUUUUAAAAUGGGAAAUAAAUGUUCAAUAAACU